GAGUUGCGGUGGAGCAGUGACAGGGAGCGUUGGCAGUGCCGAACUUGAAGCCGGCUCACUGUGAAGCACGCCGUGUCGCUCCAUAUUGGAAUCCACCACUGCUCUUUCCUCUCGCUCACACCGCAUUGGGUGAACUUUUCAUUUCCGAAUAUUUAAUUGAAAGUCGCCAUGAUUGCGACCGGAACCAAGAUCAUUAAACCCGCUGGGGAGCAAGCGGAUGCAUUCGAAACUUCAAUUUCUUCUGCGCUGCUAGAGUUGGAGAUGAAUUCGGACCUGAGGGCUCAACUUAGAGAACUUUUCAUCACGGGAGCUAAAGAAAUUGAUGUUGGGGGUGGAAAGAAGGCGAUCGUCAUCUUUGUCCCAUUUCCUCAACUCAAGACUUUCCAAAAGAUUCAGAUCCGUCUGGUUCGUGAGUUGGAAAAGAAGUUUUCUGGAAAGUAUGUCAUCUUUGUAGCAAAGAGGAGGAUGCUCCCAAAGCCAACCAGAAAAACCAGGAGCAAGUCUAAGCAGAAGCGACCAAGGAGUAGGACUUUAACUGCUGUCCACGAUUCAAUCUUGGAAGACUUGGUUUACCCUGCAGAAAUUGUCGGAAAACGGAUUCGAGUGAGAUUAGAUGGAUCCAGACUCAUCAAAGUUCACUUGGACAAAAGUCAGCAGACCACUAUCGAACAUAAGGUGGAUACAUUCGGAGCAGUGUACAAGAAGCUGACGGGAAAGCAAGUUACAUUUGAAUUCCCAGAACCGUAUUUGUAAAUGGGUCGAUUUAUUUUCACCAAUUAAUAAAAAAUGAGGACAAUGUAACUCCUUUUUUAAAACUCA